AUGUCUCAUUUCAGAAGGCGGAUGCCAUACUCAUUGGGUGCUGAUUUGUUACCCGAAGAGCUCUCUCCGCAGCAGGAAGUGCUCGGUUCGGAAGAGGAGCGGAAACUAACAUCAGAUAUGAAUGAGUUAUACAAUACUCUACUGCCUUCACAAGAGAGUGAAGAACGAAGAAAGAAAUUCGUUCAGAAACUCGAGAGCCUCCUUAACACGAAGUGGCCCGGGAAUGACAUACAAGUGCAUGUUUUUGGAUCGUCUGGGAAUAAGCUCUGUUCGAGCGACUCUGAUGUGGAUAUUUGCAUAACUACCCCUUUUAAAGAACUGGAACAAGUUUGUCUCCUAGCCGAGUUCCUUGCAAACAAUGGCAUGGAACGUGUGGUUUGCGUUUCCCACGCAAAGGUGCCCAUAGUAAAAAUAUGGGACCCAGAGCUUCAAGUUGCAUGCGAUAUGAAUGUCAACAACACCUUAGCUCUAGAAAACACCCGGAUGAUUCGUACCUAUGUCGAUGCCGACGAAAGGGUAAGGCCGUUAGCAAUGGCUAUCAAAUAUUGGACAAAACGACGGAUUUUGAACGAUGCCGCCCUUGGUGGAACUCUAAGUUCGUAUACAUGGAUAUGUUUAAUCGUGAAUUUUCUCCAAACGCAAUCUCCCCCGAUCCUUCCAAGCUUGCAACAACGUGCUAUCGAUAAGCAGAAAGUUCAAGGGAAGGGAAAUCCCUCGCCUUCUUUUGACGAUGACUUGGAGACUCUUGCCGGGUUCGGAAAAGAAAACAAGUCGACUCUGGGAGAGCUUCUAUUCCAAUUCUUUCGAUAUUACGGAUAUGAACUCGAUUACGAGAAAAAUGUGAUUUCCGUCCGUGAAGGAAAGCUUAUAUCGAAAGAAAAAAAGGGCUGGCACCUUUUACAAAAUAAUCGGUUAUGUGUCGAGGAACCUUUCAAUACGUCGAGAAAUUUGGGAAAUACGGCCGAUGACACGUCUUUUCGUGGUCUUCACCUUGAACUUCGCCGAGCUUUCGAAGCACUUUGCAAGGGCGAUCUAAAAAGGUGUUGCGAACAAUACGAGUAUCCUCCCGAAGAAGAGCGGACUUGGGAACGGCCCGCACCACAGCCUCGGGCGAUUCUGACCCCUAUGCCUGCUGGUCCUUCGCGUGGUGGCAGAGGUGGUGGACGAGGUGGUCGGCAUGCCAGUCAUUACAACCGCGGUCCCAACAGUAUCGGUCGCCGAGCUUCCAACGCAGCCAACAGGAACAAUUCCAGACCUGCGAACCCUAGCUUUACUGCUGAUAUCGCGCUUCAAGCUCAACAAGCACAAAAUAUUCUUCACGAUCAUCUUUAUCAGCGAAUUCAAAUCCUCCAAGCCCAAGAGCAUGAACUUCGAUUACAGUUACAAAACCAAGCACUUAUGACUGGUAGACAACCGCCAACUUUAAUCAGACAGCCGUACUUACAAUUUCCUCUUCCGCAAAAUGAACCUCUGCCACCGGAUGAGCAUCAGAGAAACCGGUCGGGUUCUCUAAAUCAACCCCCUCUAACCGCUCCUAUUCGACAGAAUGUAUUUUUCAACUCUAUCCCUGUUACUUUACCUGUGGUUCAAGGAACAAACACGAACCCUCCAUCGCCCUCUUUACCUUCCGCCGUACCCGAUUCGCGGCGCAAUCACCGCCGAUCUUCAGUUGCUGCCACCUCUCCGCGAGGGUUGCGGACCCAGUCGCAGCCUCCUCGUCCUUUACCAUCUGCCAUUAUCCCAACUAUUCCAGUUUAUCAUCCUGUGAUGCCGCAGGAUAUGGGUUUACGGCGAUCUCCUGAAUUCUCUCAGCGUACCGCAGCUGAAGGGGAUGCCUACGUACCAAAUGGCGUCCCCAUCUCAAGGUCAACCUCGAUUGACGAAAAUCUUGCUUCAGAAUACGUUGGUUAUUACGUUGGUGACACUGUUCAAAUUCCUAGGCCGUAUCAGAACCACUUGGUGUCGCCUUUACCAGGGCUUAUGGUUCCUGGUUACCUGAACAAUUCUCCUGAAUAUAGACCCUAUCCAGCCCCACCGGAUCCGUCCAACAAUUCCCCCGAGCAUCUCACUCACUUGAAAGCAACAUCGCAAUUUCCUCAAGUUCCACGACUGAACCGAUCGCAAACUAUGCCUGACUGUGGCCCAUUAAUUAUAGAUGGCUCGAUCCCUCCUAGCGAACAACGAAAUUCGAUGUGCAACCAUUCAACUGAUCAAUUUAUGACUGAUUUCAGCACAUCGUCGUCAGCUGAAAGGGUGUACGACACACCUAGAACCACCCCAGAUACUCUAUCGCAGGGCCUUCACGAACGAGGUUCUUACGAUGAUCUAUUUGGUAGCAGCUUUGAAGCUCAGCAGGGCUGUCAGAAUUCUGGUCAUGUCAAUGGAUGGGGGUCUGGUUUAGAUCACAAUGAUCUUGCUGCUACGGGCCAUAUGGGCAGGGUAGAAACGUUAUCGGAGCGUCUACAGAGAUUCCAGCUGUCUGACCCAAGUUACAUUCCGGACACAUCUGGAAAUGCAGAUAUCAGCCAGUAUCGUGGAACCCAAUAUCUAUACCCCGUAGAUGACCAGCUCUCCGCUAUUCAUACAAACGGAUCUCCCAAAGACCAUCCUACACAACUUAUCAAUGCUCUUCCGACCUCAGAGAAGGAGUCGCGCGUUCUUUCACCUACAGUGAAACACACUAUCCAUAGUUUCGACUGGGAAAGUGCUAAUAACGCCUCUUUCAAGCCUAAAAACAAGGUACACGCCUCCACCCACACUAAUGGGGAUUCUGCAGAAAAGCAAGCCGAGUAUAACCGAAAGGUUAAUGGUGUAAUUCCUUUACACAUCGGCUCUACUAACGGACAUCAUGUUCCUGCUACAAAUGUCUGGCAAACUACGAAGCGGAGAAGUAAAAAAGGACCCAAAACCUUGACAGAGCAAAAUGAUUUCAAGACACGAGUAGAUUCUUUGUCAACAGACGAAUCAAUGAAAAAAGGAGGCUGA